CUGAGCGGCGGCGGAAGGCAAGCGCCAGGAGCCCCGAGGGCAGCCGGGAAGAAAAGCCGUCGCCGCCCGGAGAGCCGGGGAGAGGACCUGCCGCCCUGCCCGCACCCCGGCCCCUGGCGCCCAGGGAGGGGAUCCUGCAGCAAGAUGGUUGAAGAAAUGGGACAUUUAUUCUGGCAGCUGGCAGACGCUGGGGGACAGGUGCAUUGGCUUUUCAUUGCAGAAGAGGUGUCCGGGGAGUGAGUUAGCUUCUGUGCACCCCCCGUUCCGCCCCUGAGCCUCGGUCCCCGUGCGUCCUCCACGGCUGUGGCCCUGACCCCACGGGCCCCGGGGCCCACGGCAGCCUGCCCGCUAUCCCUAUUCCCGCCGUGUUUGUCUGCCUGGUGAAUCCCGGGUCGCCGUCCUGAGUUUCUGGAACAGCGCCUGUUGGGGUGCGGUGCGCCUCUGGCCCCCCGGGUGCGGAACCAGGGGUGCACCCCCGGGGCCAUGCACAACGGUGGCCAGGCCCAACCCCAUCCCUGCCUGGAGGUGUCACCCUGGAAGGCUCUUGCAGCCGUGGCCUCGGCGGAAAGGACCAAGCCCAGGAGCAAGCGCCGCAGCCCGGGCCUCGCUCGCUGCCCUGGGGCCCGGCGCACACAGCCCAAGCCUCGGCGUCCACGCACCGUGCCGGGCACCCCCACGAGCGCCCCGGCCUCGCGCAACUGGCUUCAGGGAGGCUCCCAGGGCUGCAGGCUCAGGGGAGGCCGGCGAGGGGCAGCCAGUCUGCCGCCCUCAUGCCACCCGCAGGGUGCCGCUCCCGGGCCCGCCUGGACGCCCAGCGCCGAGCUGCCAGCCGAGCCGCCCGGCCAAGUGCCCGCGCAGAAGCCCUCCCUCGCGCCUGCCUCCUGGCACCCUGCAGCGACGCGCUGGCAGCUCCUGCGGAUCCCAGGACCCCCUGGUAUCACGGCCUGUUGCCCCCCCAGCCGAGACUCCCGUGGGAGCCCCCGAGCCCCCCGCAGAUCCCCGGGAGGCCGGCAGCACCAAGCGCAGGCCCCUGCAGGGUGUCGGGCUCUCUCAGGCAGGCGCCGGCCGCGCAACCUGGGCCGUGGAAGGGGGCCCGCGCACCCGCUGCCCGGGGCCUGCGGAACCAGGGGCGCAGCUGCUGUCCUCUCAUUCCUCCCGGCCCCACAGGCCAGGGGGCCGCCCGUGCGGCGCCCCCACCCCUGCGCACACAUCCCCCUGUGCCUGCUCAGACCCCUGGCUGGACGAGGCUCCUGAUCCAGUUUCUCUUUCGUAAGUCUUUCCUGAUCGGCCUUUCUCCGGAUCCCAGGGACCAUGGGCCCCGAGUGGAGGUUUUUGUUGCAAAGCCCUGGCUUAGCGUAGAGAACACUGUACUUUGAGCCAAAAACCUAAAUUUGAGUCCCAGCUCUGCUGCCUUUGAGUCGCGUGCAUGUCAGGGCUGCCAUAGACAGCUGCACAGGUUGUGCACUACCUUGCUGUUCGCAAUGGGGUCCAGAGACCAGCAGCAUCCAUAACACUUGGGAGCUGGUUUAAAAUACAGAAUUUGAAAAAUAAAAUAAAAUAAAAUAAAAUACAGAAUUUGGGCCCCAUCUCAGACGGGCCGAAUCAAAAUCUGUUUUUACAAGAUCCGCAGGUGAGUCAAACACAAAAGCUGGAGAUUCGCUGAUGUGUAAGGAUGCCACGGAGCCCCACUCACACAGGCCAUGGCAUGACCGGCACUCCCGGGACCAUGACCACCGGCCCUGCUCAGGCGACUCCUCUUUGGUGUCCUCUCCUGGCCUCCAAAUGGUGACAAGGAUGUCUGGUGCCCGAGUGGGCCUGGCUCAGGCUGGCACGGCCGUGUCUCCUGGCAUGCGAGGCGCACUGACGGCUUUUAGGAGAAACAGGAUCCUUAUGUUUGGGAGCUAAAAAGGAUUUCGGGGAAUUCUCUGUUCUCGCAGAUGUCCAAUUUUCACCCUAUUUUCUAGACGAUGACGCGGAUGAAGGAGAGGUGGAAUAGUGGAAUGGAGGGUAGACGAGGGUGCCAGGACUGGAGCCGGGGCCUGUGCCCCUGCUGCCCCCACCUGCACCCCGCCCCCCAGCACCCAUGCCCAGGCCACUACCCUGUCUUCAGCACCUCCUGGAGAUACACUAGAGGGAACUUAGAUAAAAUCUGCAUCUUCCGGGGAUCCCUGGGUGGCUCAGUGGUUUGGCGCCUGCCUUUGGCCCAGGGCGUGAUCCUGGAGACCUGGGAUCGAGUCCCACGUCGGGAUCCCCGCAUGGAGCCUGCUUCUCCCUCUGCCUGU